CAGCGAGGAGGCGGUAGCGGGGCGGGCGAUGGGGCCGGGGCUGUUGCUGGCGCUCGCGCUGCUGCUGCUGGGGGGCGGCGGGGCGGCGGCGAGCGGCCCCCACUCCCUGCGCUACUUCAACACUGCCGUGACGGAGCCCAGCCCGGGGCUGCCCGCCUUUGUCUCCGUGGGCUACGUGGACGGAGAGCUCAUCGAUCGCUACGACAGUGAGACGCAGAGAGCGGUGCCGGGCGCGGCCUGGAUGGAGCAGGAGGGUCAGGACCACUGGGACAAGGAGACCCGGAUCAAUCAGGACUGUCAGGAGGCUUUCCGUGUGUACCUGGACACACUGCAGGAGCGCUACAACCAGAGCGGGGGGUAUCACACACUGCAGCGCAUGUACGGCUGUGACCUCCUGGAGGACGGCGGGAUCCGGGGGUUUCUGCGGGAUGCCUACGACGGGAAGGACUUCAUCGCCUUUGACAACGACACGCAGACGUUUGUCGCGGUGGAUGCUGGUGCGGUAAUCACCAAGAGGGAGUGGGAGGCAGAGAAUGAGACUGAGAGGCUGAAGCACUACCUGGACAACACCUGCAUCCAGUGGCUGUGGAGAUACGUGGAGUACGGGAGGGCCGCGCUGGAGAGGAGAGAGCGCCCUGCGGUGAGAGUAUCGGCCAAGGAGAGCCACGGCUUCGUGACCCUGUCGUGCCGGGCUCACGGCUUCUACCCGCGGCCCAUCAGCAUCAGCUGGCUGAAAAAGGGCCGCAUCCAAGCCCAGGACACCAAGUGGGGCAGCGUCAUGCCCAACGGCGACGGCACCUACCGCGCCUGGGCCAGCAUUGAGGCCCUCCCUGCAGAGAAGCACGAGUACCAGUGCCGCGUGGAGCACGCCAGCCUGCCGGAGCCCGGCCUCUUCUCCUGGGAGCCGCCGAGCUCCCUGCUGCCCAUCGUCCUCGGGGCGGUCAUCGCUGUGGUCGUUGUCAUCGCGGCAAUUGCUGGCUUUGUGGUCUGGAGGAGCAGAUCCGGAAGCAAUGCCGCCAUUUAAGCGCUCCGUCCUGGUAAGCAAGGGGCCGCGGCCGGACCCGGUGGCACGGGCAGCGUGGGGCCCAGCCCACCCGAGCACUCGCUGUCUCCUCGCUGCAGCUCCCGGGACGCUGCCAAGCCCCCUCGGCUCCUGCAGCCCGGGAGCAGCAGCACCUGACGCCCCGCUCGAGGCUAAACCCGCCCCGUUUGGGUGCUCAGGCGCUGCGGGGUGCAGGUGGGCACCCGGGGGCGGGUCGGGGGCUCAGGCUUUUGUCUCACCACGCCUUGGAUCUGCUCCCUGGCUCCGACGUGCUGCAAAAAGCUGUGAAGGUGGUGGGAAGCCCCUGGAGAAGAGGAGCGUUUGGAGCCUGCUCCUGCCGUGGUCCCAGCUCGGAGCUGGGGUAAAACUCACCGGUUUAUUGGUGCAUGAGGCAGGGUUUCCAUCUGCUGGUUGCCUGGGAAAUAGAGAAUUUGCAGUAUUUUUCAGCACUUGUCCUGGUGGCUCUCUUCGAACAAGAACUCUGUUUUUGCGGUGGGCCUCUUCGAACAAGAACUCUGUUUCUCUCGGGGGCUUCUGAACAAGAAGGCUGUUUUUUUGGUGUGUCUCGUAGCACAGGAAUGUUGUUUUUAGGUGUGUCUGUUACAACAAUGCUGUUUUCUGACUGCA